AUGAUGAAUGCCUUCAGGAAGAUGGGCGCGGUCUGCUCUGCCCUUGUCCAAGACAAGGUGGAGGAUGUGGAGCCCUGCUCGAUCAAGAGUGCAAGCAUAGGCGUGGAAUCCGAGCCACUCUGGAAACAGAUGGCAGAAGCUCAGAUUGAACUUCGGAAAGCUGCGGAGGCAACGCGUCCAGAAGUGGAGAAGCAGCUUGCCGAGCGUGCAGCAGCACGACAAGCUUCAGCCAAGAAAGCAGAAGCAGAAAGAAAGGCUACAGAGGCCAAACUCAAGGAAUUGGAGAGAAGACAGAGGGAAGACAAGGAGAAAGCAGACAAGGAGAAGGCAGAAAAGGAGAAGGCGCCCAAGAAGAGAACAGAGGAGGCGAAAAGCCAGUUGCCCAGCGGCAAGGCAAAGCCGAAAAGCAAAGCGUCAGGUGGUGCGGCAGAACAGGCUGCAAACCCAAGUCAGCUCGCAAAGCUGACCAAGGAUCAGGCCAAAGACGCGCUCAAUCGAGCGGUCGCCAUUUUCGACAUGCCGGAAAACCGGCGGAAACUGCAAGAAGCCGUAAGCAGUUGCCAUGGUGACGAUGCCAAGAAGAUGGCUGUCUUGAUGCCUUUGGUUCAAGGCAUGCUCAAAGACCUCCUGGAGUCACACGGCUUCACAGCCGACAAGAUCUUACAUGCCGUCAUGCAGAUCUCGACCCAUGCGCAAGGAGACAAAAAGAAGCUCUGCUGCAGACGGGGGCAAUGGGCUGGGCAUGGCUGGACGGCUGGACUGGCCAUGGGCAUGUCUGGGCUUUGGACUCACAACCCACGAGAGCAAGCUUUCAGAGCGUUUUUGAGCGCAUGUUCAGCACACCGGGGGCUGUGCUCUGCCCAAAAUGCCAGUUGUGGAGCAAAUUGGCAGCUUGCGUCAGCUGGCAGUUGGUGUAAAGUUUACUGA